AUGCUCAUUGAAAGCAUCCAGGCCACCGUGGAGCUCUUUUCCGGAGCAGCCGCAGAAGAUGUCCCUGUGGUCUCAACUGGCGUCUCCAACGACGCAGGCCUACUACAAAUAGAAGAAGAAGAUGCGGAAGAUGAAGAUGCCUUCAAGCUUGCCACAGGGAUACUAGUACUCGCCACCCUCGAAGAGCUCAUCGCUGCGGGGCUCGACGAAGAUGAUGCUGGUGUACUCGACGAUUCGCCGCUAGGCGCCGAACUACUACUCGUUGUCAGGGACGCAGCGCAGGCGUCUCAACUGCAGAGGAGUCCGCUGGCCAGCGCAGAAUAG